AUGAAUAAAAAAAAAAAAAAAUACUCCUUCCACAUUGCAACAGUACUUAAAAAUGGCAGCACAAGAAAGACGGCCGAGUUAUUUGCCAGCACUAAAACCAAUCUUGAGAGCUUUCUUCAGGAUGUGGGGCUGAAUCAACACCUCACUGAUAAACUCUCACUGAGUGAUGUACUACAGAUUGAUAAAAGCACAGUGACAGAUGAUCCAGCACGGUCUCGAUCAGAUUUACCAUGGCUUUUCCUCAAGAAAAUUAUGAUGGUGAAUGUGACUGCAAGAAGUGUCAAAUGUGCUCCUUCAAUUGAUGAGGAUGAAGAUAUGAGUUUAGAUUUGUGUAGUGAUCUGGAAAGUCUUGUCCUCACCCAAGACUCUGGUGAGAAAGUAAAUCCUUUAGACAUCAUAACUGCACUCUUCCUUUGCUCAGACAGUUUUCUUCAACAAGAGAUUGCCUUGAAAAUGUCUAUGUGCCAGUUCUCUGUGCCUUUACUGCUUCCUAAUUGUGACAAACAGCAGAGCACGCUCAUGCUUUGGGCCUUAAGAGAUAUUGUGAAGAAGUUUAGACCACACUCCUUGUCUGAUCCAAGAGGGUUUGUGGAAGACAGGAUUGUUCUAGCAGACUUACCCUUAGUGUCCUUUGUAAGACUUGGAGACUGCAGCAUUUCUAAAUCUCAAAUCUUGAACAAGCUGCUCAGUAAUCCACAGCAAUAUCAUGAUACAUUUGUGCACCGUGACAUGGACUGUGGAGACAUCCCAAGAAAAAUAUCAAAUGGUUUGGUGGAGAUCAGCUGGUACCUACCUUGUGGAAGUAAAAUCAUAGACAUCUUCCCCGAACCUGUGGCUAUUGCAAAUUUGAGAGGGGACAUAAGUACAUUUGAUACUCAGUCCUCAUUUCUUUGUCAUAUUUCUACAGCAGUUUUUGUCUUCUCUGACAACUUUGAAUCAAACAAUCAGCUACUCACCAAUGCACAUGUAAAAGCAAAAUUGUUUUUGGUGGGUAAUGCAGACACCAAAGACUUCAACCUGGAUUUGCUGAAAAGAACAGCUGCUGCAUUGAACUUGAAAAGAAACAUCAUUCUGAAAACCAAACAAAAUGAUGCAGAUUUUGUCAAGAAUCUGUGUUCUGCAGUGAGAGAUGUUGUGAAAAACAGGCCUAUGACUGUACAACUUGAGAAAAUGACCACAGUUGCACAUGAAUUUGGAAUUUGGAUUGAUGAAGACUGUAAAGAGUGCCGAAAUGCAAAAGAAAAUGCAGAGGUAAUCACGAGUAAGAUACAGGACACACUAAAGUUUAAGAAAGAACAGCUCCCUUUGCAGGGUGAGAUCUGGAAGAAAUUAGGCAAAUUAGAGAAAGAGGAGUGUAGGCUUCGUAAAGCUGGGGACAAGAACAUUGAGAUGUAUAAAAGUGAACUGAAACAACGGAAGAUGGAACUCAGGAAGCAGCAAGGGAGCUAUGAAAUGUCAGAAGCCAUGACAUGCUUCAUAACUGCACUGUCAAGUUCACCUCUUGAGAGAUCGUACUUUCUGAAAUGGAUGUGAAUGAAUCUGGACAACCUGUCCCGCAAAAAACUAACUGGCCUUCAAGAACUGUACAAGGAGAAAUGUCAAGAAUCAUCUGAGAAGAAGGAUGAGAUUGCAUUACUUGACAGACAGAUCUCAAACAGUGCUUUGGGAACUGAACACUUUCUGAGGGAAAUGGGUCAGCUGUAUGAAGCUGCUGUCAUCCUUCCAGAAAAUAUACAAGCAAGACAACAAAUGCUACACUUACCCAGUCUGUGUGCGAGGCUCCUUUUAGAUGGAUUUCCUCUUGAACUUGUUGAUGGAGAUGCUUCAAAUAUACCUUUAAGAUGGAUUAGUGAUGUACUGACAGAGCUGAAUAAUUUAGCGCAACCCAAGAAUAAGAUCAUGGUAGUCACAGUAUUAGGAGUCCAGAGCACAGGAAAGUCUACCCUCCUAAACACCAUGUUUGGGGUUCAGUUUGCAGUCAGCAGUGGAAGAUGCACACGAGGAGCUUUCAUGUUGCUGAUCAAAAUCACAGAUAGCUUCAGAGAAAUACUUAACUGUGAUCAUUUAGUGAUCAUUGACACCGAGGGACUAAAGUCACCUGAACUGGCACAGCUCGAUGACAGCUAUGAACAUGACAAUGAACUGGCCACACUUGUUGUUGGACUGAGUGACAUUACCAUCAUCAACAUAGCCAUGGAGAACUCCACAGAAAUGAAGGACAUUCUGCAGAUUGUGGUGCAUGCAUUCCUCAGGAUGAAGGAAGUGGGCAAAAAACCCAUGUGUGCAUUCGUGCAUCAGAAUGUAGCUGAUGUCUCAGCCCAUGACAAAAACAUGAGAGACCAGAAGCUUCUUCUAGAGCAGCUGAAUGAGAUGACUGAAGCAGCAGCCAAGAUGGAAAAUAAGGAAGACUAUAAGAAGUUUACUGAUGUAAUGGAGUAUGAUCCAGAGACUGGUAACUGGUAUAUACCUGGGCUCUGGCAUGGUAACCCACCAAUGGCACCAGUGAAUGCUGGCUACUCCGAGGCUGUCUAUGACUUCAAAAAGAACAUGAUGGACAUUCUUGUAAAAAAGAAGAUAUCUACCAACAACAUGACAGAAUUUCUGGAGUGGACAAAAAGUUUAUGGAAUGCAGUAAAAUAUGAAAAUUUCAUAUUCAGCUUUAGGAACAGCUUGGUCGCUGAUGCAUACAUGAAGCUUUGUGCUGAAUUCUAUAAAUGGGAAUGGUCUUUCAAAAAGCACAUGUACAAGUGGUUAACGUCUGCUGAAACCAGAGUGUCCAAUUUUGAGAUGAUGAAAUCAAAAUCUGACAAAACAAACCUGCAAGAUUUCCUGAGGACCCUGAAACACGAGGCCUCCUCAGAGCUUGAUAACUGGGAAAAGACUCUUUCGGAAAACAUCAUCAAAUACUUUGAACAAACAGAGGGUCAUGUCCAUCUCGUGGAAAGGUACAAAGAAGACUUUGUAAACAGUGCAAAAUCUCUCAGGAGGGAAACAGAAAACUCAGUGAUGAGUAACCUAGAGGCAGUUAUUGAGAUUAGGGCAGGAAAGAAUAAUUUGGACCACAUCAAGAAAACAAAUACUGACAAAAUGGAAAAGAAAGUGUUAAACCUUCUGGAGGAGCUCCGGAAAAACAGAAGUUCAGAGGGCAUGUCUGAAGAGGAGCUUGACAACCAUUUUGAACACAUGUGGAAGGAAACACUUGAAGAGUUGUCAUUUAAAGGCUUGCAGAAGCAAACAAUAUCUGACAGUGUUUUUAGACAAUUACGAGAAAACAUGAGACAAAAGGGAAGUUCAUUCUCUAAAGAGCUGAGUAAUGUGAAUCUGCAUGAAUAUGGCAACGACAAAUUCAUUGUUCGUUCUGAGAGUUUUCUAAAAAAAAAACUUUUUUUCAUGGACAGUUCUAACAAUCUUCAAGAGUUGGCAGACAGUGUCACUGAUGCAUGUAAGCAGUCAGUUAGUGACAAAAAAGAGAGAAAAUCAGAUUAUCAUGACACGACAUACAUUCAGGAGAUCCUACACAGAAUUGAUGAAAAAUUGACCUCAGGCAAGAAACUGAAAUUUUAUGACAAAUUUGAACUCUCUCUUAAGUUACACGUUUGUGCCAUUUCUGCAAGAGAAUUUCAGGCCAUGCAUGACCGUUUUAUUGCAGAGAACGACCCACGCCGAUGCCCUGAGCAAUUCAAAGAGAAAUACCGAGCUGAUUUCAAAGAUCUGUUCAGUAAUCGUGAUCAGUGCCAGAGGAAGGCUGAAGAAUUCACAAAACUCUGCCUGAGUCCUGCAGUUCAGAUGUUCAUCUGCAACUCACUGGGACCAGACAUUAUUGACACAAUGCUGCAAGGGGAAAAUGCAUUUCAGUUCAGCACACAUGCCUUUUUCCAGUACACGCUUUUAGGACAACUUCUGACCGAGAGUGAUUUUCAGAAGUAUUUGGACUACAUGCGCUCAUAUGAUCGCUUUGUUAAAGGCUGGAUAUUAAAACAAAUUACAAAAAAAUUUUACAAAGGAAACAGACUUUUUGAGCUGGAAGAGCAGCAUCUCAAAAGAGCUAUUAUGGAGAUAAAAGAAGCCAUCAAAAAAGCACAACAUGAGACACAUGAAAAUAAAGGCAUAAAGGUAUUCAUUCAGAACAUUUGCAGAGAGCUUGGAAAAAAGCUUGUCAUUCCAAAUGAUGCCUUGGAAGCAGUUAUGGCUUUGAGCAAUGCCAAACAGGAGCAAUUUGCCCACUGGCUCAUGCAGUCUGUGGAGGAAAUGGAAGCAUUGCUGAAGACUAAGUUGCAGAGGAAAAACAUUCAGAGCAAACUGAGUACACUCAAAAUCAAACCACAGGAUGAGCUGUUCAAGCGUGUGUUUGGCUGCGGGAAACAGUGUUCAUUCUGCAAAGCACCAUGUGAGGCAGGAGGAGAGGCUCAUACACACCACUCUGCUUUUGUACACAGACCCAAAGGACUUGGUUCAUAUAUGUCUGUGCACUCAAAGAAACUAGACACUGACAUUUGUUCCACUUUGGUGACCACUGAAAGAUGGUUCCAAUGCCUCGAGACCUCAUACAAGUACCAUCCUUAUAAGAAAUACAGGGGGAUCUUUCCGGACUGGCACAUCCCUGCAGACCCCAGCAUAGAGGCCUCGGACUACUGGAAAUAUGUGAUGGCAAACUUUAAUUAUCAGUUUGCAGAAGCGUACAAUGCUGAGCCUGCAGAUAUUCCCCCAGUGUGGAAAAAAAAAAUCACAAAGCAACAAGCAGAAAAUAGUUUGAAGGAGUGUUUUAGUAUCAAGUAA